AUGGGCAGUAUCGCGACAGCUCUCGAGGCACGUUUGCAAUGUCGACAGAAUCUAUUAAUGAAUACUUCCGGCGUUGCUCCGGGCUUUCUGCAAGCAAACUUACUGGUUUUACCUGCUAAACAUGCAACUGACUUUCAUAAUCUUUGUCUUCGAAAUCCAGUCUCAUGUCCAUUACUUGGAAUGACGUCCAGCCCGGGGGAUCCACAUACAAUCCAACCAUCAGCCUGCAUCCAGUCUACCGAUUUCGACGUUCGAACAGAUUUCCCCAAAUACAGAAUUUACAAGAAUGGCAAAUCCAUGAAGAGCCAGUGUGAUGUCCUUGACUUGUGGACGGAUGACCAUGUCGCUUUCUUGAUCGGAUGUUCGUUUUCCUUUGAAGAUGCCUUGGUGGCUGCAGGUUUGCCUCCUCGACAUCAACAAACCGGUUCCAUCGUCGCAAUGUAUAAGUCCAAUAUUCCACUGUUGCCGGCGGGUGUCUUCACCGGUGGACAUUGCAUUGUUUCCAUGCGACCAUAUCGCCCGGAGCAGAUCGAGCGCGUCAGAGAAGUCACCCGCCCGUAUCUUUCGACUCAUGGGGAGCCCGUCGCUUGGGGCUGGGAUGGUGCCAAGGAUCUUGGGAUCGUUGAUGUCGGUCGCCCAGACUUUGGAAAUGCACAGGUGUUUGAAGAUGGUGAAGUUCCUGUAUUCUGGGCCUGCGGUGUGACACCCCAGAUGGCAGUGGAGGCUGCCGGAGAUCGUAUCGGUGGGCUUGUCUUUGCCCAUGAGCCCGGUCAUAUGUUAGUGACAGAUUGGACGGUUGCUGACCUGCAUAAGCUUCGGCCUAGCAGUUUCUAG